AGGAACAAAGGUGACAAUAUUUUAAUGAAUAUUUUACUGUUGAACGUCUUCCUGUGACCCAUAUCGAUAACUGUAGAGCUGUAUCUAUAUUUGAUAGCACUUGUGUAUCUAUGAUAUUGAAUUUUCGUUCGAGAAUUGUGGCAGUUACUUGAAUACUUUGAUAGUGCGGGGCAUAAGCCAUGUACUGCAAUAAAUCUAUGUGUACUACCGCUAUAGUCUUUUGUAAAAUCAGCAUCGCGUAAAAUUUUCACUGAAUAUUGCUGAUUAAAGUCAAUUUGACAAGUUUAUUUAUAUCUACUGCACUUUGUCAUAUCCUGUACGGUAAUUACGGUUUAAAUUAAAAGUAUAGUGAUGUGAGUGCAUAAGAAAUACACGGCAUAAAGGGCUAAAUUUAAAAACACGCCUUCAUCCGCUUCCUCGAUAAAAAUGGAGUCCUUUUCCAAGUCUAUUAACCAGUGAAAGCACGUCAUGUUUUAACUUCGCACGAAGAUGAUUCCAAGAAAAAACAUCAAAUUGGUCCUCUGCACAUUUUACCUCUUAUAUUCUUUUGAAAAUGGAGGAAAAACUGUGGCACAGACUACUCAGAAUGACGCUGAAGAUUCCGACAAUACAAUUUCAUCGAACGAUUAUGAAUCCGUGUAUUUGUCGGUAACACCGAACUUAUACUUGGAACUAGAUACAACAGUCGACUAUUCAAGCACUACUGAAAAUUUGGAAACUGGAUUGAUUACCAAUACUACCGACAACUCGACAACUUUGACAAAUCAAACGAGCUCUGAAGUCAAUUGUACAGACACGCCAAACUCUGUACAAAACUUAACAGUAUCGAGCACUUAUAGUAGCCUCAUUUUAAGUUGGUCACCUGUAGUAUCCAGCGAAGAAUGUAUACAACUCUAUAACAUAACAUGGUACUCAGAAAGUGAUGAAGAUGUUGAGUAUGCUACUGUAUAUUCAUCUGCAUCAGAGUACGUCAUAUCAAAUCUAACAUCGUGUACAUCAUACAUAAUCAGCGUGGUGGUAGUUGGACAAAAUGAAAAUGACAGUGCCGCAAUAACUGUUACAGGCAACACCACCGAAUCGCAAAUACCACAGGUGAAUAACUUGGAUGUCGAACCUCUUGAGUAUGGGCUUAAUGUUACAUGGGAUUCUCCGGACAAUGUGGCUUGCUUGAAGUAUUAUCUUGUCAAUGUAUUAGCAGAGGGUGAUGUUGUCGAAAAUUCAGCAAAUGUCUCAAAUGAAGUAACGUUCUAUACGUUUAGCAACUUAUCAGCUUGCACAGUGUAUACCGUACAAGUAACUCCUAUCAGUACAAACAAUAACUAUGGAACUGCUUCUAAUAUUAGCGGCGAAACAUCAGCUUCCACUCCAGGUGUGGUGAGGAAUUUGAUUGCACUAUCGCAGAAUACACCAGAGUCCUCGGUAUAUUUAACGUGGUCAGAACCAUCAUUAAAUCCAACUUGUGUUUUAUACUACAAUGUUGAUACAUGUUAUGAGAACAAUUGUACAGAAGACAGGACUACGAGUUUAUUCUACAACGCAACUAGUCUCAGCCCAUGCCGGAAUUACACGUUUAAUGUCAGUGCAGUCGGAUCUAACUAUUCAUCUGAAUCGGUGACAGAAACUGCAGAAACCUUGUAUCUCGCUCCAGGCAGUGUGAGUGACCUGGCUGCACCAUCCCAGAAUAUAACUGGGUACUCGGUGUACUUAACUUGGUCCGAACCCAGUUUAAAUCCAACUUGUAUUCUGAAUUACAGUAUCAGUAUUUGUUCCGAUAGCAAUUGUACUGAAAGCAGUACCCGUGAUGUAUUCUAUAAUGCUACCAGUCUCGAUCCAUGUCUGGCCUACACAUUUACCGUGAACGCCAUCGGAGUUGUUGGUUCAUCUGAUACAGCCAAUACAACUGCUACAACCUCAUAUGUCACUCCUGGAGAACCAACAUCGAUGGCAGUAACGUCUGGCCAAUAUUCCUUGUUCGUUUCUUGGGAACCACCAUCAACCGCACCCACAUGUGUAAACAGUUAUCAAGUAAUGGUAUUGAAUGGGACCGAAUAUUCAAUUACAGACACGAAUAUCACAUUAUCUGAUUUAAUCGCCUGCAAAUCAUACAUCAUUCAAAUCACCCCUGUUUGGACGAGUGGUGAGGGAGAGACUGGUAUUAUUCAAGGCACUACUGAGCAAAGCGUUGAUGACCCACCAGUGCAAGAUAUUGAACCGUGGGUGACUAAAAGCACCAUUUCAGUCGGCUGGCACAUUGACAGGGAAAACAACGAAUGCGAUCUUACUUCCGUUCUAACUUAUUGUAAUUAUACAAUAACUGAAGGGCGUGGCUACGAGUUGGUCAACGGAUAUUCCAUAGAUGACAUUUCGACUUUCAGUUCUGGAACCAAUGUCACAAUUAAUGUGACACUCGAUAAUCUCAGUCCAUUCACAUCCUAUGAAUGCUAUGCAGUAACUGUAAACUCUGCUGGGAAGAGCAUAAAUGGGGAGAAUAUAACUGUGAUCACAUCUGAAGAUGUUCCAUCUGCACCUUCUUUAACAGCACUUAAUUUGACAAGUUCUACAUUUAAUUUGGUUUGGGAAAAUCCUACGUAUCUUCCAGGAAAUUUGAUUCAACAUGAAAUAAUUUUGGGAUUGCAGCGACUAUUUCCUCAGCCUAGUUUCUGUGUUUAUAAUGACUCAUCAGAAACUAUUCCAAAUAUUAAUGGCUCGACUCUUGCAUACACUUACUUAGAUGCUGUAUCUUAUUCAAACUACACUGCAAGUAUCAGAGCAAGGACUAACGCUGGUUGGGGGAAUUACAGCGAUUAUGUCAGUUUUCAAACUCUUGCAGGAGUUCCUGGUGCUGUUACCAAUGUUGAAUAUUCAAAUACAACCAAUGCGAGCAACGUUAAUGUAUUAGAUACAUUUCUUAGCUGGCAACUACCUUGCUCAUUAAACGGUGAAAUAGAAUUCUUUGAUGUAUAUGUGAGCGGAAUAAGAGAUGGAUACGAAGACCACAAAUUUAACCGUACCUACAAUGUUUCGGAAAUCGUCAACACAGACGUAAGGUUUGAAAUGAAUUUUGGGCAGCUACGAGCGGAGUACAGUUAUAUUUUCCAAAUCUCCACCAAAGUCAAGGGAGUUUCUGAAUAUGGACUUUCGACUAACUACAGUGUGAUUUAUCCUGCUGGGAUUCCGCCUUUGCCAAGUAAUUGGUACAUGACACAAAUAGAAAUUGACCCAUACAAAGCGCAGAGAGGUUUGCAUACCGCCUGGGUAUUAUUGCCUUUAUUCGAAAACACAAACGGGGAAAUUCAGUAUUAUGCCAUAAUGGUAUCAGAGCUUGGGCAAAGUACUCAAGUUAGUCACAGAUUGGACGUAGGUAGUGGUAAGUGGCCAAAUGCAACUCUGUGGCAAGAAGCUAUGCCCUACAAUCCUGUCGUUAGUUAUCAAGCGACCCCAGUCAAAUGGCACCCUGCUUCAACUGAGAAUAUUGUGGAUUCUGGGAAAAUUAAAGCAGUCAAAUUUAUGCUUGGUGGAAACCUUACAUGUGCCAAAUUAACAUCUGACUCAAAUCGUGAGGCGUCAUACUGCAAUGGACCACUUCAACCCGAUUUACAGUAUGAAGUUCGUAUGCGUGCAUUUACCAAUGGAGGAUAUCAAGAUUCUGAAACCAUCAUCGUCAUAACAAAAGCUGAAUUUAACUUAGGCUUGGUGAUUGGGGUGGUGUUUGGGCUAUUGUUUCUUGGAAUAAUAGUCACAAUGAUGCUUCUUAUUCGGAAAGGCGGUUUGCAAGCAAUAAUAAGAAAUCCCUUGAAUCCCAUUGGACAAACAUCUCCUGUGCCUGACCCAUUUUCAAGAAAGAAAUUUGAAAUUCACUGUCAAGAUCUGAGUGUAAAUCCAGGAAAAUUAAGUAACGAAUUUCAACUACUACAGACUCUAAGUGUUGACUUACAAAUGUCAACAAAUGUUGCAAGCUUGCAAGCUAAUAGGAAAAAAAAUCGAUACACGGAUAUUUUACCAUACGAUUUUUCAAGAGUCAAGUUGGAGAUUGUUGACAAUGACCCAAACACAGACUACAUAAAUGCAUCGUUCGUACAUGGGUAUAGUGGAGCUGUAGAAUACAUUGCCAGCCAAGGUCCUAAGGAAGAAACAACUUAUGAUUUCUGGAGAAUGAUAUUCCAAUAUAACGUGAAAGUUAUAGUUAUGGUAACACAACUAGUGGAAAAAGGCAAAGAAAAAUGUCAUCAGUACUAUCCAAAUAUGAGGGAACACUUUGAAUAUGAAGAUAUAACUAUAAGGUGUAGCACGCAACUUGAUUUCGUUUUUUACACGCAACGGAACAUUGUUUUGCAAAAGGGAAAUGAUAGGAGAACGCUGAUGCAUUUGCAUUUUAAAGAAUGGUCGGAUCACGGUAUCCCAGAUGAUGUUCAUUCGAUGGUUCAGUUUUGUCAGAUAGUUCGAAGACAUAUUAAUGAAAGCAAAAGCGUAGCUGUGAUUCACUGCAGUGCUGGAGUGGGUAGAACCGGAACCUUAAUGGCUAUAGACAUACUGUUACAGCAAAUAAGGGAUAACAAGAAGCUUGACGUAUUCGGAACAGUGUUCAAUUUGCGAAAAGAUAGGAUAAACAUGGUUCAAACAGAGAGUCAAUACGCUUAUAUCUACAAUUGCACCAGGCAAACUUUAAAUAAUCCGUACCCAGCAAGGCUCGCUAAGCCGCCACCUAUUGAACCGAUAUAUGAGAACCUCACAAAGAAAAAAAGACCAAUUACAGACUCAAAUACGAAUCUUGUCAACAGCAUCGAAACUUUAAAAAAAAUCAGUCCAUCCUCGUCCAUGGAUUCUAUGGAGCAAAUUUAUGAGUUUGCAGUUCAACGACCAAUUUACAGUACUCAGCUAAGCACUCUAAGCACUGGGUUGAGGUAUUCCAAAUCAACUAGCGCAAUCAAUACUCAAGUCUCACCAUCUGUGGAGAUAGUCAGAUAUGGAAGCCAUGAGUAUCCCGUCUUUGAGCCAGCGCCAGAUACCAUAUCAAGCAGAGGCAGUAUGGACAGGAACGUACUGCUAGAGUUUGCAAGACCUUUAGGUCUGAGAUUGGACUAGUCUUUUUGAGAUCUGUGUAUUGCGAUAAACGUAGGGGUUACUUACAAGUUGGAUUUAAGUAUUAAUUCAGUAUUGUAUUUUCCGGUACUCAUCGUCAAAGCUGAAUGUUGUACAAAUUCAGUACAUGGCGUUUCACAUUACAAAUUGCAUUCGUGAGUAUUUAUUAUUUGAAUUCAUGAGUAACGAAAUUCUUACUGCCAUCUUGUUUCUAACUGUACUUAUACUCAUAAUUGAAACAACUAACUAGACGUAGGAACAUUAGUUGCUAUGGCUCGUUUCUUUGCUUCGAUGGUUAUUUUUAUUAUUUAUUGGUCAAUUUGGUUACUUUUUGUUAUGUCGUCACAACUGAGGAUAUGCCAUCAUUUAAGUGAGAUAAUACACAAAUAAUUUACCAAAGAUGAAAAUUUUGACAAUUUUAUAUUCCGUUAUUGUACGUACUAAAUAAGAUAAUUAAAAUAACAGUGGCCUUUGUAGAUAAGAUGUGGAAAAUGUAUUGCAUCAAUAUAUUGUACAUAGUGUAACGUUAAGAUAAUCUAUAUUUUGAACUGAUGUUUAAUAUUUUUAUUAAAUAAUUACAAAAGACUU